GGGCUGUUUUCAGACAGCACUGCGGUAUCUUCACUGGACGUGGAGGGUUUCAGCCACCCAAACCUUUACAAAUGGGCCCCGUCGCCUAGCGUUAACUCCCCAAAGCCUCCGACUGAGCCGAACAUUGUGCUUUAACACCCUCAGCACAAGCAGAAAGAAGGUUACCAUCUAAGGACUGGUGCAGACGUCUGGAGCAAUCAUGGCAGCAAUCCCAUCUAGCGGUUCUCUUGUAGCCACCACUGACUACUAUCGAAGGCGCCUGGGUUCUACCUCAAGUAGCAGCUCAUGUGGCAGUUCGGAGUACAGCGGGGAAGUUAUCCCACAUCACCCAGGCCUGCCCAAGCAGGACUCUGGUCACUGGUGGUCAAGUUUCUUCUUUGGGAAGCCGAACCAACCAGGCAUGGGUACCCUGACCGAGGAGGCACAACAAAAGGGAGGAGUAAUGAGUGUCAGUGACGGGCAGGUGAUGUGCAUUGCCCGGGAUAUGGUGAUGAAGAGGCAGGCCAGUGAGAGCAGUGAUGCUGGGAAGUCGGAGGCGGGGACCUCUCCCCCUUCAUGAGUCCAGCUUUGGGGGACCAACGCUAGGAGACGGAAACGGCUCUGUUUUUAUGUUUUGUUUUGUUUAGUAUUUUUCCAUCUGUAGAAUAGGCUGCAUUUUAGUAUUUGUUUCUUUUGAAUUCAUUUUGUAUGUUUUGACUUGAAAUACAAUUUUUAAAAAGUGAAGGUUUUGUACAUUUCUACACAUCUGUAACACUGUGGUUGCUUUUUAAAUGUUUUUGUUACUUAUUUCCACUGUCACCAUGUGCUCACGGAAACAAUAAAAGUCUUAAGCAGCCAAA